UUUUCAUCAUACUUUCAUUUUAUAUCGAGCUAUUUCAACCAUGGUCAAACUAUUUUGCAUUGUUGAUGGAGAAAAGACGCCCUUCACAGCUAUCGUGUCAGAAGAUGCCACUGUAGACGAUCUCAAGAAAGCCAUCUACUCCAAUAUUACUGUGGCCUCAAACAUCAAGCCCAAGGAUCUUCAACUCUGGAGCGUCUCCAUCCCCUUUGGAAACGAGGAUCAGCCAAUUGAAUUAAAGAACCAGGACGACGCCACGAAACUACCUUCAACGAGCAUUCUCUCAGAUGUCUUUAACAAACUGUCUAAAAGAGCUAUACAGGUCAUUGUUGAAGUACCAAUUUCAGAUUUACAGAAACAACUGGAUCUAAAAUUAGAAGAGAUCGCAUAUUUACAGAAACAACUGUCGGAUCUACAAGCUCGACAGGUCGAUCAAACUAAUAAUGAUUUGAGAGCCACAGAGAUAUCGCUUGGGAUUGUGCACAAAAGAGAAGGAAAAAGGAUUGUUUGCCAAUUUAACACUGAUACUCAAACAGCAACUCUUGAGGAACUGCGGCAAGUCCUUCGCCAACAUUUUGAGAAAAUUGAUGAAGACGAAUACGAAUACAUCCAAAUAUAUGUGCAUGAUGGGGUCACCCUGUGUUGUUGAGAAGCAACGAGCAACUGCGUGCUAUUUUGGAAAAAGCUCUGGAUAAAAAGUCUCGAACCCUUUCUAUAUCUUUGGACAGUCCAUCUAAGCAAUUUUCGUCAUGGACCUGGAAUGACGUCGUUGUAGAGUAUAAAGUGGCAGCAUAUCCGGGAGCCCUACCAGAUUUUAAGAUUGAGGUCAGCGAUUUGACAAUUGAAGAAGCGAAUAUGCUCGAUCAAGUUGUGAAACAGUGUCUCUCAGGAACAAUGUCUAUAUGUUCGACCCAAGUGCAAAUGAGGCUACAAGGUCAACAAUCAUCGAUACUAUAAUGGUUGGAGCAAUGGAGUUUUCUUUAAGUCAGAAAUGUUUUCUGGCGCAACAACAUA